ACUCUUUUCCCUCUCUCUGAAUCAUAUUUCAAAGGACCGAGGCGAGGGAAAAAAAAACCUUCAAUGUUGGCAUUGAACACUUCUGAUUUUUUACCACCAUCACCUCAAAGCAUGGAGACAGACAACACACGGCCAACAAUGUCUCCUGCAAGCAAACGCUUUUGCACCCAAGUCCUUUCUAAAUUGUUCAAAAGUCGACACUCGCUUGCUUUUCGCAUUCCUGUUGAUCCUGUCGCUUUGAAUUGUCCCGAUUACUUUAACAUUGUCAAGCAUCCUAUGGAUCUCAGCACCGUGCAAAAAAAGCUCGAUAACGAUGAAUACGAGUCAGUUGACGCGUUUGUCGACGAUAUACGAUUAAUCUUUGACAAUUGCCACAAGUACAACAAUCCAGCCGAUCCAGUUGCUGUGGAAGGUCGAAAGAUGGAGGCAGCAUUCAAUGAUUUGCUGGAAAAGCGACCAUCUACAACAUAUCCUGGUGUAGAACCCACCGAAAUAAUGCCUGAGGAUCAGCAAAAACGUUGUGAGGGUGCACUCAAAGAAAUGAAGAGAAAGAAACACGGAAAUUAUAAUUGGCUGUUUAUAAAUCCUGUGGACGCGGUCGCAUGGGGAGCAACCGAUUAUUACGAUAUCAUCAAAAAGCCCAUGGAUCUCUCUAAAAUCCAAACGAACCUUGACGAAUAUCAGUACGCCAAUGAAGAAGAAUUCGCAGCAGACGUUCGCUUAAUGUUUCAAAACUGCUACACCUAUAAUAAUCCUCAGCACCCUGUCUACAAUCAAGGAAAGACACUCGAAAAAGUUUUUGACACAUACUGGGCAAAGGAACACUCGUCUUCAUCUUCUAAAGCCAAAAAUUCAAAGAAGUCAUCUUCCUCAACAAAGUCGAAGCAUGUGGCUAAAUUACCAGAGAAGGUCAAGGAAGAAGAUGCUGCUGUGAGCCAAAAGAGGACCUCUGAUCAUCUUGACAGCCGGGAUGACAGUAGCAACAAGAAGAAAAGUGAUCCACCCAACUUACUUCGAAUCAAACUUUCACAUACCAACAAAGACAUCACUGAGUCUAAUGACGUUGGAAAACAAAACGAGGAGCAGGUCUCGCCUCACACACCCUCAUCCUCAUCAUCACUUGCAUUUUCAUCAACACCAGCAUUAUCAUCGCAUACGAGACCAUUAGCCAUUUCAAAAGAACCCCCACCAUCAUCCUCAUCUCAACCCAAAUCACUUGCAUUAUCCGCCACCAAACCCGCCGCCGCCACAACUAAACAUUCAUCAGCAUCAGCACACCCUCCCUCUUAUCUAUCCACUCAACGACGACCGUCCGAUGAUAACAAUCGCGUAAUAUCAAUACCAGACGCUCGUAAACGAGAGUCUAAUGAAGCAUCCAAAUACCCUGCCGACAAGUACCCUGCUGGAAAACAUCCUGCUGGAAAGCAUCCUGCCAGCAAGCAUCCUGCCGCAAAACAUCCUCCUGGAAAACAUCCCGCAGGAAAGCAUCCAAAGCAGGCGUCACAGCAACAAACAACACCAGUAUCACCACCACCACCACCUGCUCGAAUGUUGGACUUUGACUCAUUGUUAGACAAAAUCAGCAACGAAAACAGAUUACGGGAACAAGAGCGAAAGGAUCAAUUGAGAGCGAAUGAAGAAAAACAACGAACAGCGAAACAAUUGGAAAUGCGUCGAUUACAGGAAGAAGAAAGAGCUCAAAAGGAGUGGCAAGAGCGGACGACGCGUCAAAAGAAACUUGAUCGACAACGAAGAGAAGCCGAACUGGUGAGUACUAGGAAAACAUUGGGCUUUCAAGGUAUUUUAUUUGAGUUGACACCCCAAUGUUUUUUUUUUCGCUGGUGUGGCGGUACACUUUCUAUCUGUUUUUUUUUUGUUGUUCAGAAUGCAACGACCAUAGACAUUAGCAAGCACAAGUUGACAUUCAAUGCGUUUGAAAAGCAAUUGAGUGUGGAUCAGGAUUGGCGAGAUCUUCUCAGAUGGCAUCGGGAAACUGUGGAUUAUCGACACAUCCCACGGCCUGGUUUUAUGAAGCGACGCCCUGACAAAACCGUGGCUGAGGUUAAGGCUUCAUUGCUGAACCGUGCUCUCCGUUGUCGAUCUCAACUUGAUGGUGCUCAAGAGAGGGAUGAGGAGGGUGAACAAGACAUGGAUGUGGAGUAAAACUAAGCAUUUUACGGACCCGCCCUUGUGUCUAAACUCUCGACGUGAUCUCAUCUUUAUCUUUUUUUGUUUUACUGUCUUUGAGAUUAUAUCUUUAUUCUAACCUGCGCUUUUUAUAUUUCGCCUAACCCGUCCGACACAAACACACAUUCCUACAACAUCAUAACAAUCGCGCACACACACACACAAAAAGCCAUGAUUAUCCAUAACUGGUAAUAAUAGUAAUAGUAACAAUAAAAAAAAGAUGAAUACUAUGAUCAUAGGUUUGGUUUGGUAAGCAAUCCACAAAUAAUUAUACUGUUUCUAUCCCGCCCUCUCUAAUGAUAAGUACUAGGAGCAUUUAGUCUGUGA